AUUCUACUGAAUAUUCAUUCCCAUUACACUUCCAAGUUUGCGCCCGCGCAAUCUUUUCUUCCACCUCACCCUCCUUCCAACAUGCCUCCUAAAGCCCGAAAACGCGGCCCCCCACCAUCCACCGCAUCUGCCACCUCCGCCCCGAAACGCGCGCGACAAUCCAAACUCGCCAAGGCGAACGACAUCACCGCCGCCGAAGAAAGCGAGAUCAAAGAAGUGUUCCACCUGUUUGUGGUCGACGACGACGAAGGAGUCGACGAGUUUCCCGACGAGAAGGAAGGGGUGAUCCCGGUGGCAGAUGUGAAGAAAGCACUUUCAGCACUAGGCCUCCCCCCCACCACCCCCGAACUCCCGCCCAUCCUCGCCGCCCUCGACCCCACCGACACCGGCUACGUCCCCUACGAACCGUUUCUGACCGUCGCCGCCGCGAAGCUCCGCUCCCGGUCCGACGAGGCCAUGGCCGCCGAGGUCGAUGCGGCGUUCCGGCUCUUCACGCGCGGGAGCGGCGCCGGCGCGGGACCCGGUAGCAGCAGCAGCAGCAGCAUCAUCACCCUGCACCAUCUGCGGCGGAUCGCGCGCGAGCUCAAGGAGGACGGGAACCUGGAUGAUCAGUUGCUGCGGGAUAUGAUCCUCGAGGCGAACGGGGGCGCCGGGGUGGCGGCGGGAGUGACCUUGGGCCAAUUCCGGGAGGUCAUGCAGCGCGCGGGGGUCUUUUGAGCGCGCUCCGGCGUUUGCAAGUGUGGGAUGAUGAUGGUGUGGGUGGCCGUGGUCGUGGCCAUGGCUGGGGUUCCAGCGAUCGGGACUUUUUUGAUGAUGAUGAUGAUGAUGAUGAUGAGAAUGAUGUUAUGUGGCGUUUAUUUUGGGUAAAGGGCGGAAGGUAAGAGUCAACACUUUGGACUACAGUACAUUGGCUAUAGCGGGCGUUGGUGGUGCAAAAUGGGUAGCGAGGUACAGUACCUAGUACUGUACAGCAUAUCGUCGGCAUCGCGUGGGUUGGCGGUUGUUACGACAUUGUACAAGGUUGUUGGAUUUAUGAUGGCAAAGGUGCAAGGUGAAUGCCAUGCGAACAUAUCAUUAGAUCUAGCAUGCUUAGUCCUUGUCAAGCAAGGGAUGGAUGUAAGAAUCUUCGAGCCUCCUAAUCGCCCACCGGCCUCCUAAAAUACAAGCAUUGUUGUACAGA